AUGAAUCGCCUGUUGCUCGUGGUUUUUGCCUUAAUUGCGUUUGUCACGUGCAGCCUUCGAAUCGUUGGUAACCUGGCGAUAGUGGCGAAACCCAAAGGCCAUGCAGGCACUAUAUUAGCUCCGGUACAGGCAAAUGUUGGUGAAUUUUGGUGUGCAGCAGAAAAGCUUGGCGAGAAACUGCCAAUCGAAUAUGGUGAAUUCACACGCCUCAGUGAUGGAAAG